CCUUCGAAGCCGCCCAGAGACCGGGCCACAGCGCUUUGGAGGACUUGGGUCAGCUCCGCUAAGGGGGUGUCUGCCCAGCGCUUCCUGGAUCCACAGCCCCCCGGGGGUGGGCAGGGGGUCUGGGCAGGGCUGCAGCAGCUACAGCCAAGGCUUGGGAAGGCCCUCGUGGGCUGGGAGGAGCUACAGAGGCCCCUGCCAGCCUGUCACAGGCUCUCAGGCUGACAUUGGCUCUGGCUUUCACACACACACACACACACACACACACACACACACACACACUCGCACACACUCGCACACACUGUCAGGCACCCCCUUGGUGGCCUCCACGGUCUCACCUUCAGGCUCAAAGCUGGCUCCGUGGGGGACACAGUGACAUGAGAGGCACACCACAGACCCACCUCCUGGCCUUCUCCUUCCUCUGCCUCCUCUCUAAGGUGUGUGCCCAGCUGUGCCCAAUGCCGUGUACCUGCCCCUGGCCGCCGCCCCAAUGCCCACCGGGGGUGCCCCUGGUGCUGGAUGGCUGCAACUGCUGCCGGGUAUGUGCACGGCGGCUGGGGGAGCCCUGCGACCACCUCCACGUCUGUGACUCCAGCCAGGGCCUGGUGUGCCAGCUCGGGGCGGGCCCUGGAGGCCAGGGGGCCGUGUGCCUCUGGGGAGAGGAUGACGGGAGCUGUGAGGUGAACGGCCGCCGGUUCCGGGGACUCCAGGCUGCUGGCCUUGUCGCUCCCCCGCCUCUUGGCGUCCCCUGCCCAGAAUGGAGCACAGCCUGGGGCCCCUGCUCGACCACCUGCGGGCUCGGCGUGACCACCCGCGUGUCCAACCAGAACCGCUUCUGUAGACUGGAGACCCAGCGCCGCCUGUGCCUGCCUGGGCCCUGCCCACCUGCCAGGGGCCACAACCCCCUACUCAGUGCCUUUUAGAGCCGGCCCAGCGGGCAGCCAUCCAGCUCCGGUGCUGCCUCUGGGCCCUGGAGGACAAGAAUGUCACAGCAGCCUGGGCCCUCUGGACCCUGAGAUAGACCGGGGAUGCAUGCCUUCGUCCUGUUCCCUCUAACUCCCAGCCUGGGGCGGGGGGGGGGACCAGUUUCUAGGGUCUUCUGCUCCAUUCCCAGCCUGCACACAGUCUUUAUCCAAGGUGCACGGGGCUAGCUUGUCAGGAGAUGGGGCGGCCAUCUCUGCUUAACCAUCAGGCUCAGGCAGGUACUGGGCUGCACUGCCCAGUUUCCUGGGGUGUGGGAAGAGGGGCACAGAUCUGAAUCUCCUGCAUCCUCUCCUGUGGUGAUGCAGACACCUCCCUGCGCCUGCGCCUGUGCAGGAAGCUGGGUGUGGGGCGCUGUCUGAGAAAGCCUUCCCCAUCCCGGGCAGAAUUCAGGGGCCGAAUGCUUUGUGAAAAUCGCAAGACGAAAUCAUGUCUUAGGAAGGUCCAUUACACUCAGCUUGCAUCGUGAGCAUCACCUUCACUGAGCGCCCGCGUGCCGGCAUUGAGCUAGGCACUCCGCAUAGAUCCGCGCUUUGCAAUAUUUCGGAUUCAAGCAAAGCAGGGGAGAGUGUCCUCGGGGACUGGGGAACAUGGUCUGAAAUAAACCAGCCCACGUGUGAAGUUCUGUU